UCAAAGCUCUCCUGGAAUGACUGUUUCACUGGGGCGGGAGCAGUUCCACGGUCUGGGCUCCAUGUACUGCCGGGGGGCUGCCGCUGUCAUCCUAACGUAUGAUGUGAACCACCGGCAGAGUCUCCUGGAGCUGGAGGACAGGUUCCUGGGCCUGACGGAAACAGCCAACAAGGACUGCUUGUUUGCCAUCGUGGGAAACAAAGUGGACCUGGCCAUGGAGCGGGCCCCAGAUGGUGGGAAGAAGGAAGGAGAGGCUUCUGGGAAGGCAGGGGGCAGCUGUGUCUCCUCCAGGGUACCCAGGCAGGUGCAGCCAGAGGACGCCAUGGCCCUUUACAAGAAGAUUCUGAAGUACAAGAUGCUGGACGAGGGGGAGAUGCCAGCCGCCGAGCGGAUGUGCUUCGAAACCAGCGCCAAAACUGGGCACAAUGUGGACCUCCUCUUUGAGACCUUGUUUGACCUGGUGGUGCCGAUGAUCGCCCGGCAGAGGGCUGAGGAGCCGUCCCAGAUUGUGGAUAUAGCCAGCUGCAAAACGCCCAAGCGGACUAGAUCUGGGUGCUGCACCUGAUGGCUGAAGCCUCCCUCCUGUCCCCUGGCGUGUGUGGGAGCUACUGAACUCAGAAGUUCCACAGGACAGUGUGUAUAGAGGGUGCUGGGUGGAAAUGCCCACCAGGGGCUACUACAGGCCAGGGUCCCCAGCAACCUCUGGGCAUCAGGAGGUGGGACUGAAACCCUCUGUGGAGCCAACCUGGUGCCGCCUCGUCUACUGCCCCGUGCAUAUCAACCACCGUCGCGCAGCUUGCCGUCUUGGGAGCUGCCUUGCAGUGGGCUUGACUGUCACGGUCACUGCCUCCUGCACUGUCUGCUCUCUGGGGUUUCCCGGUUGAUGUCUGUACUUGAUAUAUUCUGAUGCCGAGUCUCCGUGGUUGAGUUAUACAAAAUCAGGAAUGGCUGUUUUUAUACCUGGUGAACCCUGGGUGGGCUACAUGUUA